AUGGAUCUUUUCGACCUCGACACGUACUUCAGUAGAAUAGUCCCUUUGAAAGCCGUCCAGAAUGUAAUGCUAAGGUCCGCGAUGGCCGCAGUUGCCGCGAAUCAAAUCGGACAGAUGAUGGCCAAUCACUCGCCUUUGGAAGAUCUGCAGCAUCUCUUGCCAUUUGUUGGAGAAGAUGGUGUGUUGCAGCACACCGAUUGGUUUUACAAGGCGGCCAACUACUACGACCGUGGCAUAUCAUACCUGAGGAUUUUCCUGCAGCGUUGGUUGAGCGAUACAAAUAACGAGGGGUUUACCGCACAUGCCUCGAGGUACAAUGAUCCGAGAAGUCUGUCUGAACCGAACAACAGCGCCACGCUGAGCGUUUCUCCCCGCAAGCGACGACGCAUAAGCAGAACACAAUCAUCGGAUGGAGCAGACAUGGAAGCUUUGGUGGCUGCAAUAUCUGUGUUCUCGCUUUAUGAAUCGCUCGACAAUUUUGCCGAAGACUGGUCACAGCAUCUCGAUGGCUUCAAAGCACUCCUGGAGAGCAAGAUCCUUCCACAAGCCGCUCUUUCUGUCCCUCGCCCCCGUGCAAACCCUUUCAUAUCAAUGAAGGCCGGCCGAGCAGCUUUCUGGAACUUCGCUCGAGCAGAUUAUCUUGCGGCUUACGUCAACCACUCAAAAACCCGAUUAGACCCCGACAAUUUGACCAUGUGGAAAGCAGCAGGGUUGCCCGUUAUGGACGAUGGAACACUAAACUAUUAUAAUGAUCCAUCGACUCCAAUCAAUGCCGUCGUUUCAUAUCAACCCGGCGAUAGAGAAGACUUGGUUUCCUGUACGUUAAUCUGGAUUGUCUUGAGGACCAUGAAUUUUAUUGCACCGCAAGAAGACGGCACAGGAAGUACGGCAGGUACUCCACGAGUGUUCGACAGCCCCGCAACGCAAAUCAAAACCGGGUCCGAUCCGGGUACUCCAGGCGCUGUGCAAACUCGCAUUGUCCGGUGGAAACAUCUGCGUCGACAACUCGAAGACUGGUACGACAAUCUUCCGUUCACUUUUCAACCAUAUGCGAUUGCAGCCGCAGGGGCACAACAACCCUCCGACCUUUUGCCCGAUGGCAGACCGCGCUUCGCAAGACUGUUCUUCAGUGUCCCGAUGUGUGCUGCCGCGCUUCAACUAUAUCACUUUGCCCAAAUUCUUCUGCUCUUGAACCAGCCUGUCGAUGAACAGGACGCGAGACAUCCAGCAAACAGGCUUCGAAUGUUUCGACAGGUUGCCGAAGAGUCAGAGCAUCACAGCCGCCAGAUUUGCGGCAUCGCGUUGGGGAAACCACCGCCGGCAGUCAGCAGGCAAAUGGUGCACUCGCUCUAUCUGGCGGGAUCGUGCUUUGAGGAGAAAGAGGACCGAACAGUUGUUUUGGAAUUGCUUGACAACAUUGCUAAGGAGACAGGUUGUCCGACUGCGCACCGGAUUAGAGAUUUGAAAGAGCAAUGGCGCUGGGAGGAUGAUGCAGUCAGAGAGAUUGCAUAA